CAGUGAAGCUAUUCACAAAUAUUCCUCCUUAUUGACAUGUGCCAUUUCGCAAAAGCAGCUGUGAGAGGAACUAUCACCCCAUAAAACUUCAUUAUAGCUCUGGGUCAGAAUCCAUCAACUUCACACGAACAAGUCAACCGACCCUUGCUGCCUGUGUGCCAUUUCGCUUUCGCUUCAACAUGCCUCGGCCACCCCUCUCUCAAAACCGCUCUUUAUCCAUCCUCCAAAAUGCCCGCGAAGGCGGCUAUGCCGUGCCGGGACUAUGCUGUUACAAUAUCGAAUCCAUUAUUGCCACCGUGCGGGCGGCCGAAGCAGCAAAAUCACCGGCCAUGGUCCUUUUGUUUCCCUGGGCAAUGCAGUAUGCCUCCGACUCGCUAGUGCUCGCGGCCGCCAACGCGGCGCAUACGGCCUCGGUGCCCAUCAGCCUGCAUCUGGACCACGCGCAGACACCGGAGCUGGUGCGGCGCGCCGCAGACAUCCCGGACGGCUUCGACAGCAUUAUGUGCGACAUGAGCCACUAUGAGCGGGAGGAGAACCUGAAGCUCACCUCAGAGCUGGUUUCGUACUGCCACUCGCGCGGUAUCGCGGCCGAGGCGGAGCCCGGCCGCAUUGAGGGCGGCGAGGACGGGGUCGCCGAGACGGCCGACCUGGAGGGCUUGCUCACCACGCCCGAGGAGGCGCAGACCUUCGUCGACACGGGCAUCGAGAUGCUCGCGCCGGCUUUCGGCAACGUGCACGGAGAGUAUGGUCCCCGGGGAAUACGGCUCGAGUACGACCGCCUGGAGUCGAUCAACAAGGCCGUCGGGGACAAGGUGUUCCUGGUUCUGCACGGGGCGGACCCGUUCGACGAUGAGAUAUUUGCAAAGUGCAUCAAGGCUGGCGUCACGAAGGUGAAUAUCAACAAGGGCAUGAACAAGCACUACGCUCGAGUGCAGGAGGAGAUGAGGGGAAAGCCUCUCACGAGUGUCAUCGAGAAGGGCACAGAUGCGAUGCAGAAGGCGAUCGAGCAGUAUAUGCACUCGCUAGGAAGCGCUGGUAAAGCAUAGUCAAGGGUCGUUUAAGCCUUUAGGGCAAUCUAUCCACGAUU